AGAUAGUUAGUUCAUUUAUUUAAAAAGAAAUAGAAAUAGAAAUAAUGUUCUGUGUAACGUUUAUUGAUCUUAUCUUGGCGCAGCGUUAAAUCUAACUAUUUUUAACACUAUUUUGGACAGUAAAUGGACUUUUUUUUUUUAAUAUAUAUUGUUUCUUUUGGACUCACUUAAAUUUAAAACUGCAAAAUGGCAAACACGGAAACGUUGGAACGUUUUUUCAGUUACGUUGACCAAAACCAGGAACAUUAUGUUACUAGGUUAAGAGAAGCAGUAGCUAUUCCGAGUGUGAGUGCUGAUGCAGAUCAUCGUGAAGACGUUUACCGGAUGGGCGAUUGGCUCAUCGGGUUGUUCAAGCAACUUAAUAUUAGCUAUGAAGUUGCUGAACCAGGCACUCAUGUGCUAGAUGGUAAAACUUUGAAAUUGCCACCUAUCUUGUUGGGUACUUAUGGCAAUGAUCCUAAUAAAAAAACUAUCUUGGUAUAUGGACACUAUGAUGUUCAACCGGCUCUAAUUGAAGAUGGCUGGAGAUCAGAUCCUUGGAAGCUUACUGAAGAUUCUACUGGUCGUUUAGUAGGUCGUGGAUCCUCAGAUGACAAAGGUCCAAUUAUUGGUUGGCUUAAUGCAAUUGAAGCACAUCAAAAAGCUGGAAUUGAAUUUCCAGUAAACUUAAAGAUCUGUUUUGAAGGAAUGGAGGAGAAUGUAUCCGAAGGAUUAGAUGAUUUAAUUCUACGAGAGGCUAAUAGAUAUUUUAAAGGCGUAGAUGCAGUUUGCAUCUCUGAUAAUUAUUGGUUGGGUGUCACAAAACCAUGUUUGACUUACGGUUUACGCGGCAUUUCUUAUUUUAAAGUCACAGUUUCUGGUCCAGGGCGAGACCUUCAUUCUGGAGUCUUUGGUGGUACUGUUUAUGAGCCUAUGACGGAUCUGAUUAUUUUAUUCAGUAAAUUAGUUACUUCGGAUGGAAAAAUAUUGAUUCCUGGAAUCAAUGACGACGUAGCGGAAUUAACAGAUGAGGAAAAGGAAACUUAUAAGGCAAUUGAGUUCAAAAUACAAGAUCUUCAAUCUGCUAUCGAAUCUCAAACUAAUCUAUUCGAUAACGAAACUCAAACUUUACAAGCUCGUUGGCGCUAUCCGGCACUAUCUAUACACGGCAUUGAAGGAGCAUUUUCUGCACCCGGAGUUAAAACUGUAUUACCUUGUAAAGUUUCUGGCAAAUUCUCAAUUCGUUCAGUUCCAAACAUGGACCCUGAUAAAGUUACAGCUUGUGUUGAAAAAUAUUUAAAAGAAGAAUUUGCUAAACUGGGCAGUAAGAAUAAACUUAAUAUAGAAAGUUUACAUGGUGCCAAAGCAUGGGUUUCAAGUCCAAAUCACUGGAAUUUUGUCGCAGCAGCUAAAGCUGUUGAAAAAGUUUUUAAGUGCAAACCUGAUCUGACACGUGAAGGAGGUUCCAUUCCUGUUACUCUUACUUUCCAAGACGCGCUAAAUAAGAAUGUUCUUUUGCUUCCAAUGGGUAGAGGAGACGACGGCGCUCAUUCGACAAAUGAAAAACUUGAUCGAUCUAAUUAUAUUCAAGGAAUCAAACUGCUCGGUACUUAUUUACAUGAAGUAGCUGCUGUUAAAUCUACUUAAGUCAUCGGACCUGUCAUUUGCUUAGUUUAUUAGUUUUUAAACAUAGUCUUUAAGGCAUGCAUUAUAUUGAUUAUUAUUUUAGUUAUAAUUAAUAAAGUUCAACUUAUUUAAACAUAUAGUAGUUUU